AUGACACUCUCAAACCUCGCAGUCCUCACAGUCCUCGCCGCAGGCCACGUCGCCGCGCACGGCUUCGUGCAGUACAUCGAAGCCGAGGGCGUGCAGUACCGGGGCUACGACCCGGGGUUCCGGUACCAGGACCCCGCGCCGCGCGUGGCCGGGUGGUACGCCGACAACCCGGACAUUGGGUUCGUGGGGCCGCAGAGCUUCGCGGACCCGGACAUCAUCUGCCACAAGUCGGCGCGGCCGGGCCAAGAGUACGUCGCCGUGCGCGCCGGCGCCAACGUCACGCUGCAGUGGCUCACGUGGCCCGAGAGCCACGUCGGGCCCAUCAUCGACUACCUCGCGCCGUGUCCCUCGGCAGGCGGCUGCGCCGGUGCCGACAAGACGCAGCUAAAGUUCGUCAAGCUCGCGCAGCGGGCCCUCAAGCCCGGCGCCACGGCCGCCACCGACUGGCUCAAGGCGUGGGUCGUCGACGACUUCCGCCAGGACGGCUACCGGUGGCGCGUCCACGUGCCCGCGAACCUCGCGGCUGGGCUGUACGACGUCAACGGCGCGCAGGCGUACCCGCAGUGCGUCAACCUCAACAUCACGGCCGGCGGCGCCACCGAGAUCGCCGGCGGGGUGUCGCCCGUCGAGUUUUACAAUGCCGAGGAUCCAGGGAUUCAUGUUAAUGUGUAUGGAGGGCUGACGGAGUAUCCGUUCCCAGGGCCGCCGCUGUGGAGGUGAGCUGUCAGUGUCUGUGAGGUAUUGGGGCGUCGAUGACCGAUGUCGGCAGUGAGCUCCACGGUCGGCAUGUCAGAACUUGGAAGGGUCAUAUGUGCAGAGCCGGGUUUACACUGUUUGUUAUGGUGAUGAGCAGCAUCGAAGGAGGGAACUGUCACUGAAAUGAAUUGAAGGUGUGGCAGGAAAGUGUGACAGUAUCGCAAUUCACGACACAUCACUAGAGUGCGCAUGCAGCUUGUGGCCCAUUGGUGGUUGCGCGGCAAGAAGCGGCAAGAAAAUGACUGUAUUUUUUGGGGGUGCUAAUAACGCUCACUGGGCACCUAUCUGAUACAAAAGAGGGAAAGGAUGGGGAGGUUGUGAAAGCUGGGCAACAAUCUGAUUGUAGAAC